AUGACUGCGCCUCAGACUGCUCCUCUCGAUCUCACCAAGGUCCCUCUGGCGGCCAAUCCGUCGGGUGCGCCUCCGAACUUCGACAAUCCUUCAACGCUGGUCGAUGAGGCGUGGGUCACCGGAGUUGUACUCGUCGUGUUGGGACGUCUUUGUCUCGCUUUUCGCCUCGGCACGAACUUGAAACUGUCCAAAAAGUUCUGUCUCGAUGAUUACCUCUGCGUCUUCACAUUAACCGGAGGCAUCGCCUACUGGGUCCUGAACCUGCUGAGUAAGUCUGCUUGCACUUUCACGUACCAGGGCGUGGUUGCCCUUUGGGGCCUGCUCGGCAUGACAUCCGGCAGGUACUUCUAA